GCCUCCCACUUUCCUUCUUCCUACAGAUAAAGCAGACUCUUUACCUUGCUCUGAGCACCAACCCAAUGGCGUUGUUCCCGGCGUUGCUGUUUCUGGCUGCUGUGUUGCUUCCAUUCUUUCCUGCAAAUGGACAGAAGCCAGGUUUUGCUGCGAUGGCAACCGGCCGAAGAGAAGUGCAAAAAGAGAUUGUAAAUAAACACAAUGAAGUAAGAAGAUCAGUCUCUCCACCGGCCAGAAACAUGCUGAAGAUGCAAUGGGACAGCAAGGCAGCAGCAAACGCCCAACGGUGGGCAAACAAGUGUGUUCUCAAGCACAGUUCCUCACAGGAUCGAAAAGUUGGUAAAAGAAGCUGUGGUGAGAAUCUCUUUAUGUCAAGUCAGCCUAAUUCAUGGUCAUAUGCAAUCCAAAAGUGGUUCGAUGAGGGAAAUGAUUUUAUCUAUGCUAUGGGACCAAAACAAAAGAAUAUAGUGGUUGGACAUUAUACCCAGGUUGUUUGGUACUCGUCUUACCGUGUUGGAUGUGGAGUUGCCUAUUGUCCCAACGAACGAAGUCUGAAAUACUUCUAUGUUUGCCAAUAUUGUCCCAGUGGUAAUAUUGUUGGCAGAAGCCUUACUCCCUACCUAAAAGGAACACCUUGUGCCAGCUGCCCUGGUCACUGUGACAAUGGAUUAUGCACCAAUGCUUGCGAGUAUGACGAUAUGUAUUCUAACUGUAAAGAUUUGAAGAACCAAUUGAGCUGUGGAAAUGAUUUUGUCAAGACGAAUUGCAAAGCUGCCUGCAAUUGUUCAAAAAAAAUUUAUUAAAUGCCCAGUAUAGACUGAUCAUGGUUAAGGGGAAGGGAGCCACAUCUACUUACACUUGACAUUUAUUAGCAAAGAAAUCAUAUACAUGUUAACUAUAAAUUUGAUUCCAAAUAGUUAUAUCUUUUUCUCCUGGGUCUGCUUUUUACUUUACAUAAAUGUCUUUCAUCCAAAGAAGA